AUGUUGUUACGUCCCAGCUGUUCUGCGCGGGCGCAUAGAAGGUCUAGUUCGUCUCGACUCGGCCAUCAUCGGGUCGACUCGCUGUUAGGAGCGAGAGGACACUAUGAGCGACAAGUGGGGCGCGAGCGACGACCGGGGGCAGCGUGCGGCCUUGACUCUUACGUAUCCCCCCUUCCACCGCAGCACACCAGUCCCCCCCUUCCCCCUACAACGCUCACCGCCACAUUAUUUAUGAUAGCAUCUGAGUUCGAAGCAAGCUCGCGAUUCCCUACUACCUAA